UUCAAUAGACAUAAAAUUUUAAACAUCAUAUUUACAUUUUUCCCCCUUAGUAAUGUUGCAUGAGCGACAGAGAUAUUUUUGGUAACCUCCGUUACGAUUUUGUAAGUCCCUACAUCCGAUUUGAUAAAAAAAAAAAAAGAUCGAUGGGUCAAAAGAAAAGGAAUAUUAUAUAUAACAUAUGUAUAUGAAUGACAAUAUUUAAUGAAUCUACGGCGUCCAGCGACCACGGAUGGCUGUCAGGCAUUUUGAUGUUUGUUUGUUUUUUAAUGUAAGUAGUUAAGUUCAUACAUGUAUGUAUCGGGUUUUUCCAAGGCUAAAAAUAAAACACUAAAAUCCCUAGCAAUGGACUCUUCUAUGGCAAAACAAAAGAUGGCUGUUCGGAGCAUAUCUGAGUCAGUGUAUAUAGGAAUGUGUCUCAAAAUGGGAACCCCACAACAGGUGGCUUCAAGGAGAGAUAUAGUGGACAUAAAGGAGAUGUUGGAAAACAACGAGAUGAUGAAAAAUCCGUCCAGAGUGAUGCUGAGUGGGAGUCACAGAGAAGGAUUUAGAUUGCAUGGGUCAGACCAAGACACGAUGUAUUGGCGAAAUGACCACCGAGUGAUCUGGGACUUCUCUCAGGUACAGUUUUACAACACACAAGAAGACGCUGUUAUUCUCUGUGACAGUUCUGAGAGUCCACCAGGAUUUACUUUACUAUGGUUACCAAUGGAAAGAGCGAUCAGUGAAGUGUUAUCUGCUUGUGUAAGGAUGCAUGGAGGGUUCUAUAUAUCAAGUUUAAAGUAUAGAGAGGUCAUGAAAUCUCUUAUCGGACUUAGUUCUAAAACAAUCCAUGGACCAUGUAGUAGUGGAUUAUAUGAUGGUGUGAUAGAAUACGAUGAAGCCCAUUGCUUUGUUAGUGAUUUCUGGCCUCCUUCUGCCUACUCGUGGAUAGACAGAUGUCAAUUAUGGCCCCCAUCUCAUGUUGUCAAUGACAUCGUCAGAAAUGGAUGUCACUUCGUAGCAAUUGGACACAAACUAGGAUACCAUCUAGACAACGAAUGGAGAGUUUCAUUUUCUCAGGCGGAAUACAAACUUGUGUAUUCGAUGAAUCCCACACAAUUCUUAACGUAUGGAUUGUUGAAAUUGUUCCUAAAGGAAAUAAUUAACAAAGGUUUGAGAGAUGAGGAUAAACUACUCUGCUCGUACCAUAUGAAAACGGCUGUUUUCUGGGCGAUUCAACAAAAUACACAACCUCACUGGCGUCCACAAAAUAUCCUGGGCGGUUUCUGGGUCUGCUUUAAACUUCUUCUUAAAUGGGUGUACGAGGGAGUGUGUCCGAACUUUUUUAUCCCAGAAAACAACAUGUUUCUGAGCAAUAUCUAUGGUGAUGCACAGAAGACAUUAUUCACGCGACUAUAUAGAUUGUAUAAGACGGGCAUAACAUUACUGCUACACAGUCCCUCCAUCAGUUCCUACAUCACUAAUGUUCUGUGUAAUCCACGACUUGCAAUUUGUACUGAUGAACUCAUUCUAAUAUCUGAAGUUGAAGUUGAUAAAGAUAUUUUCGAAGAGAUAGAGGCAAAUCAUUCAAUAUGCACAUUGGACCUACAUUUCUGUGAAAGAUAUCUACAUACGGUAGAACAGUUGUUAAGUUUACCACUGACACAGUAUCACAUUGUCAUGUUACAAAAACUUACAGCCGCCAUAUUUCAGAAUACCGCAUUUAUGUUACACAACAUGUACAGUUACACAGGUUCCAACAAACAGUUGUAUAUUCUAGACAAGCUAUCCUGUCAUAUGCUGAAAUUAACAGCUAAGUUUGGGUGUGUGUCUGACGUCUUAUAUAUUGCAAUGUAUUAUUACAAGACAUUCAGAUAUAGGGAAGCAUUAUCUGUUAUAGAUUUAACAAAAGUUAAGUUAGCACGGCCAUACCUGAUGUAUGCGGGUCAUGUAGACAGAGAGAGAUAUACUGAGACUGUAGGAGGACAGUCCUUGUCUACAAAGAUGAGACAGGCUGUGGCACAUAAUAUAUAUCUUUACAAUGACAUCUUUUAUAUCAAUGAAUUAAUGCCAGAACAACAGUCUAGUGAGCAAAACAAUGAGCCUCUCUUGUGUAUUCCACCCCUUGUACUGUUGUAUAUGCUAGAGUUUUUGUGCUCUAGACAUGUCGAUACAUUAAGAGCACAGAGAGCUUUAGAUGAUCUACAGGUCCUAGUCCACCAUGAUCAGGGACAGUUAAUACCUGUAUUUUUCAGACACAUCCCCUGGGAGAUCCUGGGGAUUUGUCAACAGAUAUCAGGGAACCUCCAUGCUGCCCUAUACUCAUACCAACAGUCACUCAGACAAUAUCCAUUCAGUAAAAUACAAACUGCUACCAGACAGAGAAUUCAGAAUCUCCAUUUAUGAAAUUACUGACAAGCAUGUAUGAAAGUAUUGCCUAUCACAUACACACUGACAUUGACAAUAGUGUUUGUUCUGUCUGAUGUGUAGGGGAGGGGCUGCCCUUUUGAUGUGUAUAACCAUGAAGAUGUGUGUAUAUUACAUUAAAACUUUAUACUAAGUAUCCCAAUUUUUAAAUAAAAAUUCAUUAUUACAAUAUGUACAUGUCAUGAUUAUUUUCAAAUUUCAAAUUAAACACAAUUAAUCAAAUGAAUGUCUCAAUUUCAAGUACAGUAAGCUGCCUACUUUAUUUCUCUAUAAGUUUACAAGUAUUGGUCAGGUGCGUCUAUCAGCCUUGAAUGUAUGUCUCUUCCCAGUUUGUUCUUAAUAUUCUCUUUUUUGUUAUACAUGCAUAUAUUCAAGACAAUAAGUUGAGCAUCUUUUUUAAAACAAAGUGAUGCACUAUCAAAUGCAAUUUUUUAAUCAAUUCUUAAAGUGUACCAUAAAAUGAUCAACUAUCAACUGCAAUUUGAUGAUAAAUAUAUGCCGUGAGCCAAAAAAAUAAUGAUUAAUUAAGAACAUGAAAUAUAUUCCAAAGUUUUCAUAAGUUAUGAGUUAUGAAAAAUGUACAAAAUUUAAAAAAAAGUUUACGUUUUUAUCUCACUUUUAAUGCUUCUCUUUACUGGAUUGGAUUUUUGAUGCGUUUUGCAUUUAUACCAAUAUAUUUGCAUAUCAAUUGUUCUUGCCCACUGUAAGCCCGUAUGGAGGAGCUGCACUUAUUUAAGUAAUAUUUGCAUAUGCAUUGUUCUUUCCCACUGUAAGUCCAUACGGAGGAACUGCGAUUAUUUUUCUAUAAUCGCAAUUGCUCCGUGUGUAUACUAUGACGUCAUAAAGGUGUGACGUCGUAUACUUUUCAAUGACGUUUUAGAUUUAAACCACUAUACGAUACAUGAUGAGUUUUUCUCUAACUCCAUAAAAUUGAUGUAUUUUUAAUAUUAAAACCUGUCUUAUAUUAAUAUUUUACAAGAAUUACUGUUAUAACAUAUCAUUGAUUCUGUUAACAAAUCUAUGUGAAUUAAAAAGAUACAUUACAGUCUGAAUGAUUAAUUUUGAUGCAAUAGCUAAAAGUCAGAUCUAGGCUAAUGCAGGGUAUUUGCGAGUGGUAAAAUGCAAAUAU